AUACAAUUGUAACCGGCUACUUGAUUUAUUUGUAACUUUCUGUAUAAAAUGAAUGGCACAAUGGCAAUGGCUUCUUCAAAUCAAAAUAUCUCGGAGCCACCAAUGAAGAAAGCUCGUAUAGAAGAUGUUACAGCAGGGAGACAGUACAGAAUCUGUGGCCUUCAUCUGAGCUGUGAUCAUGAGCGUGCGCCAAACGAAUGAAACUGAAACGCUACAAUUCGAACUGAAAUGAAUAUGAGUUUAUUACGAACUCCUACUGACACAGCAGUUUUAUAUCGAGUACCAAAAAUUAGCUCGAUUUAUUUACUUUAGAUAGAUUUCUGCGUUGCAACAAGUCUCGGAUUAUUUGUGUGCAACCAAUCAUUGCUCAACCCCCAAUGAACGGUUAGGUGUUGAAAAUCAUUCAACUUAAUGACUUAAAUUAUAUAUAUAUACUAGACUGUGCCAAAUAAAAUCGAUAUUUUUUUUUCAGUCCCAUAUAAAAAUUACCUCGUAUGUCAGAUAAAAAAAUUGGGUCAGUUGGACCCUCCAACUCAAUUACAAAACGCGCGCUCGUUUAAAUAAAAUUUCCCAUUUAAAUAACAUGGGAAAAUUUUUUUUUACUUUGAAAUUUUAUGACUCAAUCAAUAAAUUGAACUUACCAUAACAUAGUUUUGUGAAGAAUUUAAUGCUCUACAAAAAAGGUCUCUUAUAAUUUUUUAAUAAGUCCAAUAGUUUUGCUGGAAAAGUAAAAAAAAACAAGAAAUUCAUCUUAAAUUUGAAUUUAAGCUCAAAUAACUUUUGAACGGCUAGAUUUAUCAAAAAAUGAUAAGAGACCUUUUUUGUACAGCACUCAAUUCUAUACGAAAAUAUCUCAUGAUCGUUCAAAUUUAUUGGUCCAUUAACGAGUUAUAAAAUUACAGUUGAAAAAGAGUUUUCCGUUGUUAUUUAAAUAGAAAAUUUUAUUUAAACGAGCGCGCGUUUUGUAAUUAAGUUGGAGGGUCCAACUUGGUACCCAAUUUUUUUGUGUGACAUACGACGUAAUUUCCGUGUGGGAUAAAAAAAUGUCGAGUUUAUUUGGCACAGUCUAAUAUAUACGCAAAACUGAAUAGAUAUCGAUCAAAAAUACGUUUUAGCGUGUUCUGAUUUCUGUUCCAGAGACUAAUGGUCGUGAAUUAUCGUGAAAAUAACAUUGUUACCAAUCAAGCUUUUGUGUGAUGUCAGUAAUGAGUUUAUUAUCAAGAGUAAUUAAAUAUAUAAUCGAACAAAACAGUUACGGUUAAAUGUUGACUGUUGUAAUUAAUUCAAUUCACUUGAAUAAAUCUUAUAAAUUAUAAAUAUUCAAAAAAAAGUUCGUCUUUUUACUUCAUAUUUUGAGAUGGAUUUAUAGAAAGAAUUUUUUUUUGGUUUUCAACCAAAGGAUAUUUGUUUUCUUCAUAUAUAUGUCUUGAUUAUUUUAAUAUCUUUAAACUUUCAGUACUGAGGGGUGAUCCUGUCUGUCGGGAGCUGCUGCAUGGCGACGUUACUUUAUUUCUUUUUUUGCAUUCAAUUUUUUAAAAUCAGUCUUAGAAGUAUCAAAAUUUUAUCAAUUACUUUAUUUAAAUUCAAUAGAUUCUUUUUUUUAUAUUUUUUUAUCUCAAAUUUAUCAAUACUCUUUGAUAUUUUUUGCUUUUUAUUACUUUAUUCAUAUGUUAUUUCAUUAUUUUUUUUCUUUCAACUGUAAAAGUCUACUUGAAAUUUAAAAAAAAACGGGAUUUUUUUACAGAAAAAAUAUUUUAUUAUUUCAUCCUUAAAUUUUUAUAAAACUAUUUAUAAAUAAUACAUUUAAAAUAAUCUUUACCAUUACAAUACACGGAAAAAUUUAUUAUUUUACUGUAUUUGUAACAAGAUCGUAAAAAUAAUAUUUUUUUGAGUAAUGGUAGAGGUAUAAAACACAACAUAUGUAAUAAACAGUGGGAUCUAAUUCGUUAUUUUUUAUAGGAAAUGCGUCGGACUUCUUGGCAGGACCAAUUUAUGACCUCAAUCAAACGGGUCAAGUGGUUGCUGGCCCUGGAGCAAAAUAUCUUUCUCUUCCGGGGAUUCUUGGUGCCGGUUUGCCAAAGAUAUCAUCGGAGCAACAGGAUGCAAUCAACAGAGCCAAAAAGUAUGCGAUGGAACAAAGUAUUAAGAUGGUCUUAAUGAAACAAACUUUGGCCCACCAACAACAGCAAAUGGCUAGUCAACGGAAUCAAGUGCAGAGACAGCAGGCUCUCGCCCUCAUGUGCAGGGUUUACGUGGGAAGUAUAAGUUUUGAACUUAAAGAAGACACAAUUCGUCAGGCGUUCUUGCCAUUUGGACCAAUAAAAUCAAUCAACAUGUCAUGGGAUCCAGUGACUCAAAAACACAAGGGUUUUGCGUUUGUGGAAUACGAGAUACCUGAAGCUGCCCAAUUGGCGCUUGAACAAAUGAAUGGUGUAAUGAUUGGUGGCCGUAACAUCAAGGUCGUAGGAAGACCGUCAAAUAUGCCGCAAGCUCAGUCAGUUAUUGAUGAAAUAACAGAAGAAAGUAAACAUUACAACCGCAUUUACAUCGCAUCCAUUCAUCAAGAUUUAACAGAAGAUGAUAUAAAGUCGGUAUUUGAAGCCUUCGGUCCCAUAACUUACUGCAAAUUAGCUCAAGGAAGUUCACCCCAUCGUCACAAGGGCUACGGUUUUAUCGAAUACGAAACGAUGCAAUCAGCGCUCGAAGCGAUAGCUUCGAUGAAUCUGUUCGAUCUUGGAGGGCAAUAUUUAAGAGUAGGAAGAGCUAUUACACCUCCCAAUGCUUUGAUGGGACCUCCAAGUGGCACAAGUAUGAUGCCAACAGCCGCAGCUGUUGCUGCUGCCGCCGCUACCGCUAAAAUUCAAGCAAUGGAUGCCGUCGCUAGUAAUGCUGUUGCUCUUGGGCUUACAAAAUUAGGAGCUUCUGCUUCGCCAAUUUUAAAUCCUGUUCUUCCUGGUAUAGUUCGACCAACUUUGUCUCCAACAGCAAUCAUGACACCUCCAACAAUUGCAACAGUGGCACCAAUAAUUCCCCCACCUGGGAUAGCUAUCCCUCAAACCUUGACCCGACCCCCAGCAAUUAUCCAACCAAUCCCUGGACAACCUGUCAUAAUUCCUCCACCAGCAGUUGUUGCUCCUACGAUUGUUGGCGCACCAGUGAUACCAGUAGCUACUGCACCAAUCGUUGACGUUACUAGACGAGCACAAGAACAAGCCCACCAAAAACAACAAGAAGAAUUGCAGAAGAAGUUACUUGAAGAAACAGAACCCCAGACUUUGCAGCAGCAAGAAAAUAUGUCAAUAAAAGGCCAAAGUGCUCGGCACUUGGUAAUGCAAAAAUUAAUGCGCAAAGUUGAAUCACGUGUUGUAAUACUCAGGAAUAUGGUUGCGCCUGAAGAUGUUGAUGAAACUCUGCAAGAAGAGAUCCAAGAUGAGUGUUCGAAAUUCGGAGUCGUCAAACGCGUCAUUAUUUAUAAUGAACGUCAGUCUGAGGAUGAUGAAGAUGCUGAAGUUAUUGUUAAAAUAUUCGUUGAAUUUUCUCAAAUGAGUGAAGCGGAACGGGCAAGAGAUUCAUUAAAUGGUCGCUACUUUGGUGGCCGACUCGUAAAAGGCGAACUCUAUGACCAGGCGUUAUUUGACCAUAGCGACUAUUCUGGUUAGGAUUUAUAAGGGUUAAUAUUAAUAUCUACUGUUACUCAGACAUUUACAAAAAAAAAAACAAAUUAGUUUAUAAAUCCGACGAUUCAUUUAAAAAUUUACUCGACUGUGUUAAAAAAUGAAUUUAGUUCCGUAAACAAAAUCUCGUAAUUUUAACGAUUCUGAUGUUGAUUUGAAAUUGAGUUACGUUACAAAACAUAACUUAUUUUUCGAUCUUUUUUCUUAAGUUAAGAAAAGUCAACUAAGUUAAUGAAAUGAAAUUAUAUAAAUUAAGUAUGAUUUAGAAAAAAAUCAUAGCGAUACAUCAACUUAUAUAUAUAAAAAUCUGUAAAAAAAAAUAUUAAUUAUAAUAUAUAACUUCUAUAGUAUUCGGGGUA